AUGUCCGAAUCCGAGAAGCAGCUCGAAUCGCCUUUGGCAUCGCCUCUGGCAUCGCCAAAUGAGAAGAUGAAAGAGGUUGGCGCUACGGUUACAGCAACCGAGUCACCAGCUUCACCAGGUAUAGACCCGAUGAUAAACUCGUCGGGCCACAAGCAAGAGCUUGAUCGCAACUUUAGCUUGAUCAGUAUGUGCGCUAUUGGCGUCACAGCUGGAAACACCUGGAUUGCCAUGGGAGGGAGUGUUACAACGGCCAUCUACAACGGCGGCCCUCCUGGAGUUAUCUAUGAAUACAUUGUUGUAUCCUUUUUCUACUGGUUUAUCUCUGCCUCAAUUGCUGAGCUGGCUUCUGCUAUUCCCUCUGCUGCUGGCGUGUACCACUGGGCCUCCGCCACCGCCGGCCGCUAUGGCCGCCCAGUUGGCUGGUUUGCGGGAUACUGGAAUGCUUUGGCCUGGUUGUUUGGUGCAGCCUCGAUAUCAUCUAUUCUUGGAAAUCAGCUCAUUUCCAUGUACUUGAUAUUCCAUCCAGACCAUACACCGCAGGCAUGGCAGGUCUUCAUCUGCUACUUGCUUUGCACCUGGAUGUGCUGCCUCACAGUCCUCUUCGCCAACAGGGCCCUACCAAUCAUCUCUAAUAUUGGCAUGUUCCUUAUCUUAGCUGGCGUAUUCGUUACCAUUGUGGUAUGCGCGGUCUUGCCACGCUACAACGGUAAAGGUUUCGCUACGAGUGACUUUGUCUGGAAGAACUGGUCCAACACCACUGGAUACACCAGUGAUGGUUUAGUGUUUUUGCUUGGAAUGCUCAACGGCGCUUACAGUGUAGGAACCAGUGAUUUAACCUCCCAUAUGGCCGAGGAGAUUCCCAAUCCAAGCAAGAACAUCCCGCGUGCAAUCCUGGCGCAAACUGUCACUGGCUUUAUCACUGCCGUUCCAUACAUGAUUGCUCUUUUCUACUCUAUUAACGAUCUAGAAGCUGUGCUUGGAACUUUCACUACCUUCCCCCUGGCAGCCAUUUACCAUCAAGCCACCGGAACCAAAGCUGGAGCUCUUGGGCUUCUCAUUAUUGCUUUUCUUCCCACCUUUAUCACCUGCAUAGGCUGCUAUAUCACUGCUGGCCGUGUUCUCUGGACUCUGGCCCGUGAUAACGCUACCCCUUUCUCCAACUUCCUUGGGCAGGUACAUCCUACCUAUCACAACCCAUUCAAUGCCACUGCUGUCUGUGUUGCAAUCGUCACUGUACUUGGAUGCAUCUAUGUCGGCUCGACUACAGCCUUCAACGCUUUCGUCGGAUGCUAUGUGCAGCUGUCUACUCUCUCGUACCUCGCAGCCAUCCUGCCUCAUCUUUUGCGAGGCCGUAAGGGAAUCACCCCUGGCCCCUUCUUUAUGAAAGGCUGGGUUGGCUAUGUGGUGAAUCUCAUCAGCUGCCUUUACAUCGUCACUUUCGUUGUUAUCUUCUGCUUCCCGUUCAGCAUGCCCACGACAGCUGCUUCGAUGAACUACGCAUCAUUGAUGACUGGCGGAGUGACCGUUUUCGUCGUCAUUUGGUACCUCAUCCGCCAGAAGAGCUAUGUCGGCCCACACGUUAUAUCGAUCCAUGAUGUCAAGCUCGAUCGAGUGGAGUAA